UAUACACCUCGGCCUCUACGCAACCGCAUUCAAGGCCACUGUCCCAAAGCCAUGAUCGGACUCCCAGGCACUCGCUACAACGUCGCCAUGGUUUGCAGAGGGCCAUGAAAAAAAGAUCAGCAAGGGCAUCCAUCCCAUGUGCCUGAUUAGCAACAUACCUCUACGGAUACACAAAUCCCAACAUGCCGCCCAAACGCAAGACGCUCGAUGCCGCUGCCGAAGCCAAUGCCCAUGUCGAUGCCCAUACCGAUGCCCAUGCCGUCGGUAACACUUCAGCAAACAGCAACGCCCGUUUUGCAUCUGCGCCCAACUUAAACAACAAUGACAUACCCGACCUCGGCCCUACCACGACGUCACUUGUCGAGCCCGCUCGUUCGAAACGCCAGAGAGUCUCGAGGGCCUGCGAUCAGUGUCGAGCUGCACGCGAAAAGUGCGAUGGAAUACAGCCGGCUUGCUUCCCUUGUGUGUCGCAGGGCCGGUCGUGUACCUACCAGGCCAGUCCCAAGAAGCGAGGAGUCCAGACGGGUUACAUCCGCACUCUCGAACUGGCUCUUGCUUGGAUGUUCGAGAACGUUGCCCACAGCGAGGACGCCCUUCAUAAUUUGUUGGUCCACGAAAGUGGCCAGGGCAGUGCUCUCCUGGUCGGCAAAGACUCGCCUGCUGCAGAGCGCCUGCAUGCAAGAUGGGCGAGGAGUCGUGUCAACAAAAGCAUCACCCGUCUUCUCUCGGGCCAGGCCGCACAAAGUCCAUCUGACGACGACCAAUCCCCUUCUGAAGGCAUGAAUGUUGAAGAUGCCGGGGCAAAGACAACCGAACUCCCUCAUGCGCCUCACUUGUCUCUCUCGGCGCAGAGUACAGUCCAGGCACGCACUCUACCAGGCGCGGUCCUACCACAUAAUUCGGCGAACGCCCUGGAAAACAACAUUCAGCCAGAUGAAAGAGCCCAUCUAGCCAGUACGGGGAUAGGGAAGCUGCCGCCUAAUCACUGGCGCCUUCUGGAUAUCUACUUUUCCUACACGCAUUCUUGGUUCCCCAUCCUCGAGAAGAAAGACAUGUACCAAGCAUUAUACCAGUAUUCUGAACAAGGCUCGUUGCUUCCCUCUGCUAACGUCGAGUCUGGCGUUCAUGCCGAGCUCUGGAGCGCGCUCGCCCUGGCGUCCUUCCAGGCUGCUGCUGCUGCUGCUGCAUCGAAUUCUCCGGAUCCAACUUCGACUGCUCAUGGCGGCGACAAUGCCAUCAAUCCUUCGCCUGCAGAUAUAUUUGAUACAGCCCGAAAGCUCAUACCUUCGGAAAGCGGGCCGUUCCAGGUUCAGCACUGCAGAGCGCUGUUGCUUCUUUGUCUAGUAAGCCUAGGACGGGAUGACUGGGAAUCUGCUUGGUUGUUGGUUGGUUUUGCGGUUCGGGUCCUACUGGUUGUUCGCACACAGUCGCCUCCUGAUGAUGAGCGGCUACGACCAAGAAUGCGUGCGCUGCUCGUCGCGUGCUUCAUCGUGGAUACCAUUGUUUCUAUGAGACACAAUGUACCGGCCCAUCUCAAGCCAGACGACAUUGCGGAUCUGCCGUUACCUGAAGACGGUCAAGAUCAAUGGGAGCCGUGGACACCAUGUGAGGGCUUAGGGGGUGAACACGCCAUGCUGCAAACGUUGAGGAAUCCGGCGUACCCUCUGAGCACAUUCAACCACCUAUAUGGCGUGACCAAGUUGGUUGCUCUGGAACUCCUGCCAAGAAUCCGGAUAUCUUCACAGAACGCUUCCUUGGAGUUCAGGUCGCGGUUGCAGCAGGUAAUCGGCCACAAUUCUCCCUUCAGCGUCUUUAUCCUUUCCCAAGACGCUGCAUCGGCUUUUGUGCCGACAGCAUACCUUACUCGUACCGUUUAUCUAUGGGCAGCUGCCUUUUCUGAGCCUCUCAACGAACACUACUCGCAUCUUCUGAUCGAGACUCUUGAUCAGUAUCAGAAGCGGUUUGGCACAUAUGCAAUCCCGCCUCUGAUCCCUUCGCUUCUAGCCUCCCUCUUUGCUUUAAAGGAACAAUCACAUUGUUCAGAGCGGCACCGAAGGCAGCUGGAGGAAGUUCUACCCGCCUUCUCCUCAAUAUGGUCUAGGGUAGGCCGACACAACAAUACUGAUCUCCAACCCAUUCGACUCCUUGAGCCACCGCCAGCUGCAACUGCAACUCCAAAUGCCAUGCCCCAUGUCAUGGAACAGCCUCCGUCGACCUCGAUAAAUCCAGCCAACGAUCGGUUCAUUGGGCUACCAAAUCCCACCCCCUACAAUAGCAAUGCGAUCCUAGACGCGGUUGCCCAACCUGAUGGCCCCCGACACUAUGGGUCACUCCACGCCCAUGGCAUCCUCAGCACAUAUCCACCUCCUGCCACCCAUUUGGGCGAGGCCUCGGUGGCCCUUGCACACGGAGGUGCUCCUCCCAGACCACCACUGCCAUACGUUGAUAGUACAACCAACGGUCCUCACCAUCAUACUAAUCUCGUCCCUAUGGCCAAUUUCGGAUAUUCAACGGUAGACUACGAUGCGAUGGUGGACGAUCUGGCGUCGAUCGAGUACACGGAUGCGGUUGACGUUGAUCCGCAGUUCAUGACGAACCUCGGGUUUGUCCCAGGGUGUAAUUUUAGCGAUAUCAGCACGUAUGAGCAAUAGUUGGUCAUUCGAAGUUAAUGAAAGAAAAGAAAGAACACAUGAGG